AUGGCAGCUCAAGAGAGCCAGCAAUCGUCAGGAACGACGUUGAGACACGCUUUCGGCAAUGUUCUGUCCGUUUUCAUUCUCCUCCUUGUUGGAGUUCUCGCUUUCUCGAUUCGUCUAUUCUCUGUUAUAAAGUAUGAAAGUGUUAUUCACGAGUUUGAUCCUUACUUCAACUAUAGAGUCACUCAGUUUCUGACAAAGAAUGGAAUAUAUGGUUUUUGGAACUGGUUUGAUGAUCGGACCUGGUAUCCUCUUGGCCGUGUGAUUGGUGGAACUGUUUACCCUGGUUUGACUUUGACAGCAGGCACCAUAUGGUGGUUUCUAUCUUCUGGUAUUUUCCAUGAGCUUGCUUGUCUUGUGGCUUCCUUCACUUAUGACAUUUCAUAUGUUUG